AAAUGUAUGUGGAUAUACAUGGUAGAUGCUGACAAAGUAAAUGGCAAUUAGAGGUUGGUGAAUCAUCCAAAUGUCAGUAGUGUCGGUACUGAAUCUAUACUAGUGCGUCAGAAUCGAUACUUUGUUUCUAUUCUCUUACGUUCAGUAUGUACCCCACUGACUUGUGUUAAAUAAAUUAUUUCUUUGGAAAUAAAAAUACACAUGCACAAACCUUACACAUGCACUAUGAGAAAGGUCUGAACCUUUUUGUGUUGACUUUACAGAACAAGCUUAAGUUUUAUUUUGAAACUUUUGCCGGUUUCGACCGGAAAUGCCUGUUCAAUUUUUUGUGGCGGCUUCGCGAGCGCUGUAACACCAACGUACCAGAGAAGGUAUAGACAGCCCCGAAGUUAUGAAGCGUUGCUCCAUUAGCUCGAGGUCGCGGGUGUGUCACAGCGUGGGUGCCAUCGCUCUGUGACCGGUACUGAGUCAUCUGGGUGGAACAUGUCUGUAGUAACAGUUCAGCUCGGUCAGUGCGGUAACCAGGUGGGUCAGGAGCUGUUUGACAUCAUUUGUAGCGAUGCUCAGGAGGGACAGAGGAAGACGUACAGCGCUGCCAGCUGCGAGCGGUUCUUUCACCAGACCGCACAGGGAGACCUCGUUGCCAGGGCGCUGUUGGUAGAUAUGGAGCCUAAAGUAAUCAACCGGAGUAUGAGCAUGGCUGCAAAGUCUGGCAGGUGGAGCUAUGGAGCGAGUUCUCACUUCAGCCAGAAGCAGGGCUCCGGAAACAACUGGGCUAAUGGGUAUUGUGUCCAUGGUCCUUGUCACAGAGACGCAGUGGAGGAGCUGGUGAGGCGGGAGGUGGAGCGCUGUGACAGACUGGCUGGGCUUAUAGCGAUGAUGAGUGUGGCAGGGGGGACGGGGUCAGGUGUCGGCACCUACGUUACUCAGUGUCUCCGUGAUAUUUAUCCAUCAUCCUUUAUCCUCAACCACCUUACCUGGCCGUACGGGACUGGAGAGGUGAUCGUCCAGAACUAUAACUCUGUGCUGACGCUGGCUCAUCUCUACCAAUUGUCAGACGCCAUACUGGUGCACGAGAACGACACGGUGCACAGGAUCUGCAGUCGGCUUCUUAAUAUCAAACACAUCUCUUUCAGUGACGUCAACAGGGUCAUCGCCCACCAGCUGGGCAGUAUCCUGCAGCCCGCGCUCACCGCUGACUCCCAUGGAGCAUACAGCAGAAAUCCUCUGGGUGAGAAAGGACAAACACUACUCACACCUGCAGUCGUGGACAGACGUUUACACACUCAUGGUGAAUUGGUGAGUGCUCUUGCCUGUCAUCCAGAGUACAAGCUACUGAGCUUGUGCACCAUCCCACAGAUGGCCAGUUCCUCCAUAGCCUACAGUACGUUUAGCUGGCCGGGGCUGCUCAAACACCUGCGACAGAUGCUCAUCUCCAACACAAAGAUGGAAGAAGGUAUAGACUGGCAGGUGCGUCCUCCUGCUGACUCUGGGCGGAGCAGGAGUCUCACAGGGGGCAGCUUUAACACCUCUCUGGCCAACCUUCUCAUCCUGAGAGGGAAAGAUGUCUACAGUGCAGAGACAGGUGGCAUUGAUGAUCCAGCCCUGUACACCUCCUGGCUCCCAUCCAAAGAAGCUUUCAGCUUGUGGAAAUCCCCUGUACCCUUUAAUAAGUAUGAGAAAUCUGCCACGCUGGUCAGUAACAGCCAGGCUCUGCUCAGACCUUUGGAUGACAUGGUGGGAAAAGUCUGGAAUAUGUUUGCCUCCAGGGCGUACGUCCAUCAGUACAUUAAAUUUGGCAUCUCAGAGGAGGACUUCCUAGACAGCUUCACAUCUCUUGAACAGGUGAUCUCCAGCUACAGUCAGCUGUGCUAGCACUGGGGACUACUGUGGCUUUCAUGUAGAUAAGAAAAUAACACCUUAUGUGUUUUGUAUACAUUUUUUAUAUUGCUGCUUUGAUUUCACAUAAUUCUUUGAAUUCCUGGACUCUGACAUCUGCACUGGCGAGAACUGAGACACUGGAGGUCUCUAUUCAAGAUAUAAUGCUACUUUAUAAUACUUGCAUCUCAAGUAGUAUAGUGUCAAGUCAAGUUAUAAGAUGGGUAAUAAAAUGCUACAUUAGUAAAAACUGUGUAGAUCUAUGCCAGACACUU